GCCGAGGAACUGGAGGUGGAGCGGAAAGCCCUAACCCGGGACGACCCUAAAUCGGGCGCCAAACAGCUGACCGAAAACGAGAUCACGUCCGCCACCACCCUAUCCUUCUGUACGUACGAACUGAUCCGAAGCCCCGGUAUUCAGCAGCGCCUACACGACGAGGUGGUCGCCGCGUUUCAUUCAAACGGUGAGAUGGAGUACGACGUGUUGGCACGACUACCCUAUUUGGAUGCCGUCGUGUCGGAGACCCUGCGUAUGCACUCACCCGGGGUUAAGGUGACGGUCGGUCAAAACAUAGACAUCCCCAUAUACGCCAUACACCAUUGCGAAGAGUUUUACCCUGAACCUUUUAAGUUUGACCCGGAUCCAAUUAUGCCCGAGAAUCGCUAUAAGGUACUGCCCUAUACCUACCUUCCCUUUGGCGCCGGCCCUCGCAAUUGCAUUGGUAUGCGGUUCUCGUUGCUGGAGGUUAAGCUAGGGUUGGCCCAUAAGAUUAAGAACUACCGGUUCUCGAUCUGUCCGGAAACGGACGUCCCGGUGCAGUAUAAACGUAUGUUGCGUAUAGGCGCCCCUAAGCGUACGAAUGUACGUAUUGAGAAACGUGUGUAA